AUGUUAUACUUUAAGCCCUGGAACGUGACCGAGGGGGAGGAAGAAUACGGCUUUGACCCCGUCUACGAGAACCAAUCCGACUCGGCCCACGGAGAGGCUACUGGUGUUGAUGGCGUCGUCUCACAGGAAUCUGACGACCUCGCCAAUGAAAUGCAUCCAAUCUUCGCUCUCAUGAAUUUCCCUGGUAUCAAUUUCGAGACGAUACUGCCAUCCUUGCGGCUUGCAUCUCUCCUCAUCGAUACGGACUGCUUGUUGAAUUAUUGGCACAAUCUAUGGUUCGGCGACCUUCUUCGCGUUGACCGGGGUGAUGGUGAAGACGACUGGCAUUGGGCCUGCUUCCCAAGUAUGGUCAGCUUCCAUCGUCGUAAGACUCUUACUGAAGCAUUGUGCCAACCAUCAGAUGGUCACCUUGGCUGUGUGGCUCCUUAUACGUACGGAGACUUCCCUGGUGCUUGCAGUACGGUCUACUACGACGAGAGUAUCGUCGCACAGCUAUCGCAGUUGGAUCCUCAUGCUGCUCAUAGGGCUGCUUCGAACGUUCAGGAGGAGCCUUGCGGGUUUGUAACUAUGGGCGAAGCAGGCUGCGACUGGGAGAACGAUAUCUUUGGCGAUAUAGGACACACUUAUGAGUCUGAGCACGCCAUGAACCAUAUCGUCAACCAGUGGCCCAACGGCUGCAUAGGCAAGAAGUACCUGAAAGAGGGAUGGCACAUAUGGAUCUAA